AUGACGCUUUACGCUCUUUUUAUCCUGACACUGACACUUACGGCUCAGGUCUUGGGUGUCGCCAUUUCCUUGAUUGACAGUGCUCCAGAGCAAGUAACAUCAAUUUCUAGCACAACAGGCACUCUGUCUGCGAUUUCGCGGACCACAUUGCGCACCACGGUCUUCCGAUCUCGAACUAUCUAUCCAAGCUCACAGACGUCGGGAACUACUUCUGAAGAGACCACUUCAGAAACCUCUACAGCGAAUAACAAGACAGCUUCCAAUUCCAUUUCCAGUUCUAAGUCCACUUCAAGCACCACUUCAAGCACCACGUCAAGCACCACUUCCGCAUUGCAGACAUCUCAAUUCCAGACCCAGAUUCUGCAAGAACACAAUGCCUACCGCAAACUACACUGCGCUCCAAACUUGCAAUGGUCUGCGACCCUCCAGCAAUUUGCUGAAAACUAUGCCAACCAGUACAAUUGCAAUGGCACGCUGAUACACUCGAAGUCGCCCUACGGUGAAAACUUGGCUCUCGGUUACAAUACCACGGCAGCCGUGGCAGCCUGGUACAAUGAAGAAAAGCUCUACAACUACAACAAACCAGGUUUUUCCGAAAAGACCGGUCAUUACACCCAGCUCGUGUGGAAACUCAGUACUCAGCUGGGAUGCGCGUGCGUCGACUGUGGGGACUAUUACGGUCAAUACACCAUAUGCAGCUACGAUCCACCAGGAAAUGUCGCCGGCCAGUACCAGCUUAACGUCCUCAAGAGUCAUAUUUAA